AUGCCUAUUCCUCUGCUGGCGGAGGGCUUCGGCAGGGGUCUCUCGAAUAUACCCUUUAUCUGGACGGUCGCUCAGGGUGCAGCGUUAGUCGGUAUCAUUGCUUUGUUGAAACUGUACUUCAGCGGAGCGAGAUGUCGAUCAGAACGACUCAUGCAUGGGAAGGUGGUCAUGGUUACGGGAGGAACUUCAGGCAUAGGAGCCGCCGUUGUGCAAGAACUGGCCACGAGAGGCGCCCAGAUCAUCCUCCUGACCUAUCAUGCCCCGUCGGACCCUUUCCUCGUGGACUACAUUGAAGAUGUGCGAACAAUUACAAAUAAUGAGCUGAUAUAUGCCGAGCAAGUCGAUCUAUCUUCAUUGCAUUCAAUACGGCUCUUUGCCACAAAAUGGGUAGACAACGCACCUCCAAGGAGACUGGACAUGGUCAUUUUGUGUGCCAAUGUGAUGACUCCUUACUUCGGCACGCCUCAGGAGACAAUGGAUGGACUGGAAGCCGAGUGGAUGAUCAACUAUCUCAGCACCUUCCAUCUACUCAGCAUCCUUUCGCCAGCCAUACGUGCACAACCUCCAGAUCGAGACGUGAGGAUUCUGUUUAGCACAUGCAGCAGCUACAUUGGCGGCAAAUUGGACUUCGAAACUACAGACAAAGCUUCCAAAUCAGGAAGCGCUUCAUACAGCCGAAGUAAAUUGGCAGUCAUGACCUUUGCAUAUGCAUUUCAAAAACACCUCGACGCAUACAAAAGGCCAGACAAAGAACUCAACAAUGCUCGGGCGCUGAUAAUUGACCCUGGUUAUUGCCGCACACCAGGCACGCGCCGCUGGCUGUCAGGUGGUCUUAUAUGGGGACUGUUCCUUUAUCUGAUCAGUUGGCCGUUGUGGUGGCUCAUUCUAAAGUCCCCUGUUCAAGGAGCCCAGAGCUACCUACUCGCCGCCAUGGAUGCUGAAUAUGGUCGAGGCGCAGGAGGAAAGAUGAUCAAAGAGUGCAGGCAGUACGAGCCUCUCAGACCAGAAGUCAAAAACGAAGAAGUCGCGAAGAAGCUGUGGGAGUUUAGCGAGAAGCAGGUCGAGCACCUGGAAAAGAUAGGUGCUAAGAAGAGGGCAGCAGCAAAGAAGGAGGCAGAACAAAACAAGAGCACCGACAAAGUUGUCGCUGCAAAUGGUGUGUCCUCUGCCGCUGGUGGAAAAGCCGCGCCGGUUCCAGGUUCCAGGAGAAGCCGGAAAGCAGCAAAAUGA